AUGGAUGCACAAAGGCACAAGCAAGAUAAGCUAAAUACGGAAUCCAUUCACUCUGUUCCUCAAUUAGUAACUCCAUUGCCUUUGGAGAAACAUGCAGCUGAGGUGUAUACCAGAAAAAUGUUCUACAUGUUCCAGGAUGAGGUGUACAAGGCUUGUUUCAGAUGUGGGAUUAGUUCUAUUAGAAUGGAAGAAAAUAUUGAAAUCGCACAAGUCAUGGACCAUUCUCGACAGAAAACAAAUGAGGUAACAUUUAAUUCUGGAAAUCUCGUGACAUCAUGUUCUUGCAAAUUGUUUGAGAGAUUGGGGAUUUUAUGUAAACAUGCAAUAUGUGUUUUAAAUGCAAGACAAGUUACAAAGAUUCCAGAGUACUACAUUCUUGAUCGAUGGACAAAAGAGGCAACCAAAAGGCCAAUUUUUGAUAUGCAUGGUAACUUCCUUGAAGAAUGUAGGAAGAUGAACACAACAACUAAAAUGUUAGGGGAAGUUUGGUCAGAGAUUUUUAAUUGUGUAGGCCUUGCAGAGGGAAAUGAGGAAAAUUUGCAACAAUUUCUCGAUAAUCUUAGAGAUUUUAGUAAGAAUUUGGUUGAAAAAGGGAAGUGUGUGCAAAUGACAAAAACUCAAGAGAUGGAGCUUUUUGUUGGUCAUAGAGCGUCUUCUAACCUCAAUAUCCAAAAUCCAAUACCAUCAAAGAAUAAAGGCAAGAGACAUAGAAUAGUAGGAGAAAAGGAGGCAACAAUUGAGCAAAGUCAGAAACCCAAAAGAAAAUGUAAAGCUUGUGGGGCAUAUGAUUAUCACGACAGUCAUCAGUUACGUCCUGCAUUCACGUUUUUGAAAUCUUCCUGUAUCCUGCCUUAUGGUUUUGAGUCUUUUGACAGUGUGAAACCCGAGAGUCUGAUCAUUUUCUUGGCUGUUAUUAAAAUUUAG